CUGAAAACAUGUUUUAUAUUCUAGUUUCUUCAAAAUAGCCACCCUUUGCUCCGAUUACUGCUUUGCACACUCGUGGCAUUCUCUCCAUGAGCUUCAAAGCACACCUGUGAAGUGAACAGCGUCUACUUUAUAAGAUGUCUCUGGUUGACACCGUCUUCCUUCCGCCCGAUUUGUCUUGUUGAAUGUAAGACCUUGUUUGCAUUGAUCGGCUCAUAAUGAAACUGCACUUUCAUCCCCUUCCCCCACUCUUAUCCCACACUUGUCUUCAUCCUUCUAUUACUCCUCCAUUAGAUAUCUCACUCCUUCCCAAUCCCUCGCCUCUCCUAAUCUCUCCCCGUCGCCUCGUCUCUCCUCUAAGCUCCUGUCCUUCUGCUCUCCUGCUCUCUCUUCCUCUCCGUCCUUCCUGCCUCCAGAGCUCAUCUGGCAAACUGGCCGUCCAUUACGGCCGCAUGAUGGAUGCAGCGUGUUGAUGAUGGAUGAAAGUGCGGCCUUGUUCCCCCCCCCCCCCCCGCAACCAAACAGGAAGCGAUGCAUAAACUUCGCUCCCUAAUUCAUUUUCACUCUGAAAUCCUUCUUCAAGUCUGCGCUCAUCUGCAUAUUUGUCACGUUGGAGUGUGAAAUGUAACUUUCCCACUGAUUCAUGGAGCGUCGUCGUCCCUGCAAUUGUUAUUCAGUCAAUGAACUUCCUUGAGGGGAGGAGAGCGAGGAGGAGAGAGACCCCCAAAGAGGAGAGAGGGAUGGCAGAGAAAGAGGAGGAGCGAGGGGGCAGAGAUGGAGUGCUAGAAAGCCUGAGAGCUGCCUUCCAGAGAGGAGGAGAGAGGAAAGGGGAGUAGGGAUAGGAUAAGAGUGGAGAGAAAGUGUGGUUGUGUGUGUAGGUGUGUGUGUGUGUGUGUGUGUGUGUGUGUGUGUCGUACCCAACACGUGACGAAACACAUUCAGACUUCAGCAUACGGACUGGCGCCUUCGUUUCCACGACGACGUGGCAAUCAUGGGGGCUGUGGUGGGCACGCUGACCAUGCAGACCAAGCAGCAGAGGAGGCCGUCCAGCGACAAAGCUGAUGAUGACCUGGAGAUGACCAUGGUGUGCCAUCGACCGGAGGGCCUCCACCAGCUGGAGGCUCAGACCAAUUUUAGUAAACAAGAACUCCAAGUGCUCUACAGGGGCUUCAAGAACGAGUGUCCAAGUGGAAUCGUCAGUGAAGAAACCUUCAAGCAGAUCUACUCCCAGUUCUUUCCUCACGGAGACGCCAGCGCCUACGCACAUUACUUGUUUAACGCCUUCGACUCGGCGCAGACAGGAUCCAUAAAGUUCGAGGACUUUGUGACGGCUCUGUCCAUCCUGCUGAGAGGGUCCAUCACAGAGAAGCUCCAGUGGACCUUUAACCUCUACGACAUCAACCGAGACGGGUACAUCAAUAAAGAGGAGAUGACAGACAUCGUCCGGGCCAUUUAUGACAUGAUGGGGAAGUACACUUACCCGGUCUUGAGAACGGACGCACACAAGCAGCAUGUUGAUGCUUUCUUUCAGAAAAUGGACAAAAACAGAGACGGCGUGGUCACCCUGGAUGAAUUCAUCCUUUCUUGUCAAGAGGAUGACAACAUCAUGCGGUCCCUCCAACUCUUCGAGAAUGUCAUCUAGACAACAACCCGCCGGAGGAAAAGACAACAAAGACGUGACUUGCCUGGAAACUUUCUCGAAGGGGGUAUUUUGGCGAAAAGACGGCGCCUCUCUGGGACCUCCCCUCCGUGUUCAGUGUGUAAAUAUACUUUUACUUUGGUAACGUUGUGACAAAACACGAGCAAUAUCCCGUAACGCAUGCAAGAGGAAAGGUCCGCUUGGAAUACGUGCGCCGUGACGCAGGCAGCAAUAUACCGAGGGGGGUUAAAGGUCGCCCUGCAAUGUCGUCAAAAAGUGUUCCACCGCUGUCAAUGUCGUGGCAAAUGUUCGAUAUUUAAAUAGUUAUUUGUCGCUUCUUUUUUCCCUUCUCUGUGUCUUUGUACUUGGAGUUAUUGUAGCUGCAAUUACUGUUUGUUGAUGUUUGGGCGGGGGACUGACACGUUUAUGUAGUGCAUGUGUGUGUCCCAUAAUGUGAACUUCCUGUUUGACUGACUAUGGAAAAAAACAACAACAACAAAUCGUCACGUGACCAUGCACGUCUUCUCACGCUAGAGCAGACCUGGGCAAAUUAAGCUUUUCAUUCCCUAAUCAUUUUUUUUUUUUAGAUCUUUAAGAUGGAAACUGUAGCCGCCAUAAUGAUGUUGAAGUGUAUUUCUGGUCUUGUCACCCCCUCACAUAUACACACGGCAAAAAGACUGUCAGGUUCAAACACCGAACUAUCUAUUAAACGAGACAAGAAGCAAGGAAUCAGGCAGACUCAGAGUUCAAUUUCGCUCAUGAGGAGAACGCAUGGAGCUGCACACUAAGUCACAGUCUCACCCUACGCUCUAAGGCAGUGGUGCCCAACCUUUUUGUAACUGCGGACCGGUCAACGCUUGAAAAUUUUUCAUAAAAAAAUACAAUCAUGUGUGCUUACGGACUGUAUCCCUUGCAGACUGUAUUGAUAUAUAUUGAUAUAUAAUGUAGGAACCAGAAAUAUUAAUAACAGAAAGAAACAACCCUUUUGUGUGAAUGAGUGUAAAUGGGGUCGGGAGG